AUGUGGAGACUGCAGCAUGGAUUUGGGGUUAGCAGAGUGUCAUCUUCAUUUUCUAAGGCCACUAGUGAGAAGAGGGGUUGUACAUGGCGCUGUGAAUGUUGGGGACCUCCUGAUUUGAGGGCCAAGAGAGAGGCAAAGAAAAGGUGUAAGGCUAUGGAAGCAUGUUGUUAUGGGGACGCAGUGGAUACAGUAAAUGGUGCCAUAGGAGAAGAUGAAUUGAGUCGGGGGAAAAGAACAUCGAAGAAAUGUGAAUGCAAUGCCCGAAUCUAUGCGAGUCUUAAUGGUGAUGGUGAGUGGAAAUUGAGAACUGCCAUUCUGAAACAUGACAAUCAUAAAUUAUCCCCUACCAAGUUUACAUUGGUCAAGGAAUAUCCUAUGAAGAAUUGUACGCCUAAUGUGCGGAAGAAGUUAAUAAACUAUUACGAAGAAGGGGUUUCCGUGACUCAAAUACACGGUUGUAUGGCAUCGAAGAUGGGUGGGUUAGAUAUCUUGCAAACUGUUAAAGACCUUCACCAUGAGGUGUAUAAGGCUAGGCAACUAAAAAUGGAGGGCGGUGAUGCAGCAGCUAUGAUGGGGUUUUUCGAUCGUAUGCAAGUCGAUAACCAGAACUUCUUUCAUGCACAUCGUCUUGAUGAAGAAGGGCGAUUGAAGGACGUACUUUGGGUUGAUGCUCGGAGUCGAGUGGUAUAUGAGGAGUUUGGUGAUGUUGUAUGCUUCGAUGCAACCUACCUAACUAAUGAGUAUGAGCUACCUUUCGCAAACUUUGUUGGCGUUAAUAAUCAUGGGCAAUCCAUACUCUUCGGAUGUGCCCUUGUGUCUCAUGAGAAUUCGGAAACUAAUACCUGGAUUUUUGAGCAGUGGCUGUCUUGUAUGGGGAAUAAACCACCUGGUGCCAUAUUGACGGACUAA